AGACCAAAACAAUCAUUAACAAACUUUGAAAGCGAAUAGCCACAACACCGAAAAUAAGGUGCAGUGAAAAUAUUUGGCAUUUGCCAGCGAAAACGACGACGACAAAAAAAACGAAAACGACGCGUGUAUUGUGGAUAUCUACCUUGAAAAGCCGUUCAUUCGCAUCUAAAGAAAAAUAAAAUUCCCUCAGUUGUUCUUGUUAUCGUCGUCGGUCGAGCAGCCGGACGACAAAACGACAUGCAAACGGAAAAUUAGUUCACACAAAAAACAAAAAGUAAACGAAAAAUAAAAACAAACAAAUCAUCCUCAUCAUCACCCUCUUCUAGUUUUUGCCAACAAAAAAUUUAAAUUGAUUUUCGUAUCGAUUUGCGGUGUAUCAAUCAACAACGGACGGACAGACGGACGGACGGAUAUAACGGCCGGUUUCAGCGAUUUACAACGAGAUUCAUCAACGCUCACAACGACACGCGUUUACUGUUUUCCUUAUUUUUUUACAAAUUUGCAACGUUUUGUUUUCUUCUCAGUGCUCCCAAUUCGCCAAUUGACCGCUCAACGAUCCCUCGCCCCAGCUGAAUGCAACUCUCGUUGUUGCGGUUCGAAAGAAAGCGGAGAGCGCACUUCCUUCCCGAAAAGACAUUAACGAACAAUCAAUAGAUCUGAUUAGUUGCAUAUCGAUCGAUUAACACGACAGACACAACAUCUUCGAACAACAUUUGAUAUCGGAAAUCCACAACCUAAAGUGCAAAACGGACGGUAGUAGCGGACGGUUAGUGGUGGUGGUGGUAAAAAUUUUUGAAACUUUUGAUUAAUUGGUGCCACCCGUUCGGUUUUAUUUUUUCGUUUUUGCGGAAAAUUUGUGACCAUCAACUUUGAAAAAAAAAAAAAACAUAAAAGUUAAACAGGGCCUGUCAAUGGUCCAUUAAGUGAUCAUAAAUUUUGAAAUAUUGAAACGAAAAAUAUUUUUCAGUUGGUGAAUUACACAAUCGCUUGGUGUUGUGAAUUUUAUAUAAGGUCGCCGUAGUGCCGCGACCGUUUUGCUUUGCUUUUGGCAAAUGAAAAGUGUUUUUUUUUUUGUUGCUGCUGUGAAUAUUUGCAAAAAAUUUGAAUUGAAAUUAUUGCACGGCCAGCAUUUUGAGUGAUAACAAGUGACAAAGGCACGCACAAGCCCAGCCAAGCAAAGGAAAAAGUGAAUUCCCAAUUUUCCGAUUGUCCCAUUGCAAUUUCUGAUCUAUUCAACGCGAUUACGCAAGUGGGAUUCUAUUUGGUUUUCGAGACUACGCGUUAAAAAUACCUGCAGAAUCGGAACUACGAAAAUAAAACAACGGAAAAUAAAACCAUCAACAACAACACCAACAGUAGCAGAAGCAGCAUCAGCCCGCACUUUGCCAGUUUAGUCGCCGCUGUUCAGUGCAUGUCAACAUGGGUGAUUUACUAUCGGAUUUUGGCGAUUUGAUGUUUACCCUAGUCAUCGGCUAUAUCGGCGCAGUUGAAUUUCUCUAUGUGGUACGUCACCUCUAUCACUGGUCGUGCAACCAUGACGGCACGGAUGCCGCCAUUAGCGGCGACACAGACAGUUUGGCACGCCUACAAGAAAAUAUGCGCGAACAACUGGCCGCUGCCAAGGCCACCGAGGCGGCUACUGGAAAGAAGACCAUGAAAGAUGGUGUCAUGUACGAGGACGGUUUUCGAAUCGAUCCGAAUCAAGCUGAUAUUGACAGCCUGAAAGAGCAACUCAAUAAAAAAGCUGAACGCGAUCUGAAACGAGCCGAUUUGGAAAAAGAACUGGACAAACAAAAACAGAUUGCCGAACAAACGCGCAAAGAAUUGCAAGAGGCAGAAGCCGAAGUAGCUCGCCAACAGAGAGAGGCCGAAGAGAAUGAGAGAAAAAUACGCGAAGCUGAGUUACAGCGAGAAAGAGAACAAAAACAACGCGAAGAAGAAGAGGCAAAACGUUUAGCUGAGGACAGAGAACGUAAACAAAGGCAACAAGAAGAAGAGGAGAGAGAACGCAAACGUAAACAGGAGGCCGAAAAGGAAGAAGAGGAAAAACGCCGCAAAGCCAAAGAAAAAGAAGAAGAAGAAAAAGAGGCUCGACGUCGCCAGGAGGAAGAAGAGCAGGAAAACGCACGCCUGCUUUUGGAAGCUGAACGCCGCCAAGAAGAACAACAACGUCUGGCCGAGGAACAAGCCGAACGAGAGGAAAAUGAAAGAAAACUUUUGGAAGCCGAACGUCAAAUGGAAGAAAAACAACGCAUGUCCGAACAACAACAUGACUCUGAAAACUCCGAAGAGUUGACCGACAAUGAACGCCAGCUCAUAGCUUCCAUUAGAGAGCGUGACAUAGCCGAACAACACGACGAGGCUAGUGCCCAAAAAGAGGCUGAACUUUUGCAACGCAUUCUCAAAGCUCGUGAACAACUCGGCGAAGAAUCCGAAGAGGAACAAAGCCAACGGCUAUUCAGCAGCGAACGUGACCGCGAACUUAAGCAGAAACGUAUUGAGGAAAAUGCACGCCUCUUCCUGGAAGCUGAGAAGGAAAUGGCCAGCUUGCAGGAAUUAAUGCAAGAGGCGGUGCAAAAGAAAGAAUUUGCAUCGAGUCUAGAUAGCGCACCACAAACCCCGGCCAUCGAAGAACCCUGCAUUAAACGGAUUGUCUAUCCUCUGGAAACAGAUGAAACACCAGUCUCGCAUCGCGUGAAAACUCAGUUGGCCCAAAGCAGUGAUGACUCCUAUUCCAUAUCCACCAAGUCUCUACUGUUUCCCGGCAUAUCAGAUGAUGCCUCCUCCAAUGAGCCACCUUCCAGCAAACAGUCCUCAUUCAGUACCCAACCCUCCGAUGAGGUUGCCACCAGCAAUGAAUCUCAAUAUCUCCAGCAGGAACGACAAGAACCUGAUGGUGAGGACACCACCAUCUCCCAACAAUAUUCCGAUGAUUAUUUACGUUCGCUCGAUGGUAUCAAAAGCAGACCUCUGUCGCGUGAAGAUCGUUCUGGACGCCGUAUCGCAUUCAAGAAACGUCGAUCGAGCGGUAGUUCGAAUUCAUCACGUGAAUCUCGAACAUCGCGCGAUGAAGAACUAAAAAUGUUCACCUCAUUGGAGGAGGAGGAAAUGAAGGCGGGAGGCGAUUCAGAGUUUACGCCAAUACGCUACACCAGCGAGCCAACACUGAAGGUGAAAGGUCACCAUCGACGUCAUAAGAGGAGUCCCGCCAAAGAUAUGCGUUCCGGCGAUGAGAGUUUGCGCAGCUCCUUGGAACGUUUGGGCGAGGAAACCAUUAAUCCCUGGGGUGAUGUUGUGCCGGAACAUUACAAAGACACCGAAUUUUGGAAACGGGAAAAAGCCAUUUCCAUCGAAGAGGAACGUGACGUCGAAAAGCCAACAUCUAGCGAGGAAUUAAAUUAUGACACAGCCACGAAUCUGCCAAGUGCUUCAUCGUUUGAGGAAGCCACUCAAAUUCAGAAUGAAGAAGCUUUGAAUAACCUAAAGAAGCAGGAAAAUAAGGAACAGAAGGAAGAGGAAUCAGCUACCAAAGAAGAUACUGCCAGAAGUGAUAAUAACACAAAUCUUCAAACCUCCUCAACAGCGGAGAAGGAAGCAUCACCUUCUCGUUCCUCUGCUUCGCCUCGUUUACGACGUAGUCCACGCAUAGAAGAAAUGGAUCAAUACGAAGAACGCUGGAAGGAGUCCAAUGAACUCCCCUCGCCCAGCUCCGGUCCAACUUCGGCGAUGAAUACCCCAAAAAUAACCGUUGAUAAGCCCUUAGAUUUUGGCACAUGGCGUGAUGAACAUGGCCUGAUAAUGGAGGGUUUAAGUGAUUUCUACGAUUUUACGGCUUCGGUGAAUCCAUCACGUUCGCGUUCAACCUCACGAAAUCCCUCACCCGCAAAUACUGCGCCCAGCACCCCAGAACCGAAAAACGUCUCUUGUGAUGCCAGUGAUAUGAUGAACAGUGAGGACUCCUCCAACUCCGUUGUUGAAAUCUACGAUGAUACAGGUGAAGAAUUUGAUGCCAACGAGUUUACCAAAGAAAAUAUAGGCACCUUUUGGGACAACCUCCAGCAACAAGACAAUGAAAACUCUGCAGCCAACGAGACCCACAAUCUGAUGGAUGGAACUUACGAUACGGAAAAUUCCGUACAAAAUCAUUUGAAAUAUGUUGCCGACGAUCAGUCUGGGGGAAUCAGGGAUGGCCAGUUUGCUCUGCCCCUGGUAAAUGUAAUUGAUGACAGCUCCCAAAUAAUGGCUACAGAUUCUACAUUCGAAAAUGAGGACAUGAACGCCUUGGUGGCCAAUUUACGUGCCCAACGUUCCAGAUCACGUUCACGCUCAAAAUCUCCACUCCCCACUUCGGAAAAUAUUCAACGCAGCUUAGAGACACGUCGCCAUAAAAUGAUCAAACACAAUGAGGAUGUAUUGGAAAAAUUAAUUGAAACGAAACUGUUGCCGGAAUCAACUGAUCCCGAAGCCGAAGUAGUAGUAGAAGUGGAGGAUUUCUCCAAGGAGUCGAUGAGUCAAUUGGUGGAGACAUUAAGAACUGAGCGUAGUCGGUCCCACUCUCAGACUUUGGCUGUUGAUGUACAAUCACAUCGCAGUCGAUCGCAAUCUCGCUCCCGAUCAAAAUCUCCGCUUCCCACGGCCGAGAAUAUUCAACGUAGCUUGGAAACGCGCCGCAACAAAUUAAUCCAACACAAUGAGGAGGUUUUUGACAAACUUGUCGAAUCUAAUUUAAUGCCUUUGGACAACGAGAACACCGAUGCCAACGCUUCGCCAGAUGAUGACGAAGACUGCAGUCGAGAGUCAGUUAGUUUGUUGGUCGAGUCACUCAGGGCAGAACGAAGCCGAUCAUGUUCUCGCUCCUCCUGUUGUGAUUCCCCAAUACCAGAUUCUGAACAUAUAGAGGAACGGCUCAAAGGUCAGGAAGAACUCAACGAGAAGUUUGCCCAGGAAAUGCACUCAUCUGGUAUUCCCCCGCCUCCCUUUACAGCUCCCCUAGUUUCAAUUGAAAGUGAAGCUUCUGCAUCCCAUGAUGAGGACGAUUGUAGCCGUGAAGCAGUUACUUUAUUGGUUCAAACACUUAGAGCAGAACGCAGCCGCUCUCGUUCUCGCUCCCGUUGUCAUUCACCAAUACCAAGCGCGGAACACAUUGAGCUACGUCUUAAAGGUAAUGAUGAGCUGAAUGAAAUGUUUUCACAGCAAAUGCAAUCUUCCGGUACUGCUCCACCAUUUACUGCUCCCCUAGUAUCGAUAGAAGUAACUGAACCUGAGGCGGAAUUGCGUGCAAAAACUGAAGCGGAUGAGGAAUGCUCAAGAGAGCAAAUGGACUCUUUGGUGCAGUCGCUGCGUGUUGCCAGAUCCCGUUCACGAUCCAAGAGUCCGAUGCGUUUACCAACAGCUGAAAAUCUUAGCAAAAGCUUGGAGGUACGGCGCAGCAAAAUGAUUGAAAUUAACGAUAAUAUAAAACAAGAUCUGGAGGAACGGGCCCGCACCCCCGAGCCCCCUCAAUUGACCGUGGAAUAUGUCUAUGAAUUUGUAGAAAACUCCGAGGAGACCAGUGAAAUGGCCAAGCGUUGUCGCUUAUCACGAUCCCGUACACCAUCCCGAUCACCGGAGGCAAACGAUGGAACUCCUUUUUCACGUAACCCCUCUAGAUCUGUGUCCCCUUCGCAAGAUUCCGACUUUCAUGUCAUGUUGAAUUUGGAGGGUUCACUGAAUAGAACUCUUACGAAGAACACAGAGGUCUUUGAAACUUCCUUGGCCCAACGACAAAAACAAUUGGACGUUGAAGCCUUGGAAACAAUGAAAUAUGCAUCGGAGGAAAUAGAGCUGCGCACCUUAUCGCCGCUUAAUUUGAGUCCCAAUCUCAGCAAUGAAGAAAACUUGGAGGAUCAAGACGAAGAGGAAAAUAAAGAUCUUUUGACUGGCCUCCCAAUGGCCGAACGUCACAAAUUGCUAAGGAAAUCCCCCACCACACCCGAUUACGAUCGCACCAUAUCCGAAGAGAUGCGUGACGUUGAUCGCAUCAAGGAGGAAAUGCUGCAAAAGGGUUUCAAGCGUUCUACCUAUGUGGGGGAAUCCAUGGAUCUAGUAGGCCCCGAAUAUGAGGCAAUGCGAAGGGAGGCGGAACGUUUUCGCCGGUCACGCAGUCCCACUCCUUCAUUUUCAGAGUCUCCCGCGGAGCCAGGACAAAUGACAGCGGCUGAGAGGCGUCAUAUUCAAGACAUGGUCUUGGCAGAGUUGACAGGAUCGAGUGAGGCCCGUAAUACCGGAGCCAUACCCAAAACUCAAGGACCCCUUUCCGCUGAGAGUGAGUCUUCAAUGGAAUUGGAGGACAUGCGACGUAGAAAUGCUGAAUUUCAAAGAUCGGCCAGCAAAAGUCGUUCUCCCUUGGGUGAGGCGGAAUUAGCCGACCUGGCCGCCAUUGAAGCUGAGUCCACAAAGCGAAAACUCAAAGACAAGGCUUUAGACGAGAUCUGCAACAUCAAUAACUUCCAAGAGUUCUCGCGUCAUUUAAAUCCCCACUACUUGGAUGAAGAUCGUCGCGCCUCUGAUUCGGCUCUAAUAACAAAACCCGAUAUUUUAAUUCAGUGGCAGGAUAACGACUACGCUGACCUGGAACCCGAGGAGUACCAUCAUUUUCGUCGUUUCUCUUUGGCCCAAGAGCAACCAGUUGAGGAAUAUCCGAGCGAUGAUUAUAUUUUUAUUCAGCAGGUUGAGGUUAGGACACGAAGUGGUUCCAGGACUUGGACUCGGGAAGAUUUCUACUCAGAAGAUUCGAAUGAGUUCGUAAUCAAGGAAAGUUCACAAGAGCUAGAGGUGGAGGCUAGUGGAGUUGAGGCCGCAGGCGAUGGCGAAGAAGAAGAAGACAACGACGAAUGUGAAGUCGAUGUGGAUAUGGAUGUGGUGGAAGCUGAAGCCGAAGAGAAUGACAAUAGUGAGGUGGCCGAUGAGUUGAUUGAACCCUACGAAGCAGAUGGCGACGAUGACAACGACGACGACGAGGAGGAAUCCAAUGGCAGUGAUGAUCGUCGCACAGUCAUUGAAGUGGACGAUGAAAUCGAUGAAGACAUUUCCGAUUUCAAUGAGCGUGGUCCAGCCGAAGAGUCCCAUCACGAGCAAUCCGAAUGUGAGGAGGCUGAGCGCGAGAUGGACCGUUAUGCAGGUCGUGAGGCCAGAGAUUGGGAGCAGGUGCGCGACGUCAAUGAAAUAUUUGCCAGCGAACAAGACGAUUCUGAGGGUGCGGUGGGAGGUGGUGCCAGUAGCUCGCCCUACGACUCUGACUCCUUUGCCAUUGAUCAAAUUUACGAUGAAGCAAUCCGGAAUCGCAAACAGUCCGGCAUCCUUAGGGAGUUCGAUAGCCUACUCAAUGAGAUGAGCAGCAGUUCCAUUGAGAACUCUGUCCGUGACAUGGAGGAGCAGUAUGCCCUGUGGUCCAAGACCCACAAGAAGUCGAAAAACAUUGAGUUCUCCUCGAGUUUCAUUGAAAGUGAGCGAAAAGACGCUGAAAUGCGAUAUUUGGGAGAUGCCAACGUAAGUGCCCGUCAAUCGACACGUUUACGCUCACGUUACGGCUACAAUACGGUCUUGCAGGCCUCCGCUAUUCCCGAUGACAUUGAAGUCGAUUUGAAUUAUAAACCUAAACGGGAAUAUAAUUGGCGUAAAAAUUUCCGCUUGUCCGAUGAAGAGAUUCACGAAGCCAAUGAGAAUUCGAAAACCAAUGGCAACGCCUCAGAUGCUCAGAUGCAGGAAGGUCAGUGGGAUAUGGACAAGGAGACAAAAGAAAUGGAAAAUGAAAAUGAAGAAUCGGUGGAUAUUCGUAAAUUCAGUUUGGGAGGCGAGAGUGUAACGCUCUUCAGCCAGAGUCCGGAGAGGCUACCAACACAACAAGAAGUGGACGAGGAAGGAGAACAAAAUCCAAAGCCCGAAAGCCUAGAAAAUUUAGGCGAAAUGAAUAGCAAUACCCAAGAAACGGUGGUGGAAGAGGAAAUCGAAAAACCAAAGAAAAAGAAAACCAAGAAGAAAACACGCAAAGGCUCCAAAGGCAGUGUGGAUGUGUUGAACCGCAUUGACGAUGACAAUGACGACUACGAGCCGCCGAUUUAUAGCCGACGUAGCAGCAGCAUACAAAUGGAAACAGAUUCGCCGAAACGUAAAUCCCGAUCACGGCGCAGUUCCCGUAGCAGUGUUACAAAUGAGGAUUCCUAUGGCGGCCUAUAUUCCCCACGAAACAGUGUCGGCUAUGCUGAUCCCAUUACCGACAUUAUCGAAGAGUAUUCCGAGGUCAGUGUACGACCUAAGAAGAUCAAGAAACGAAAGAAGGUCAAGGAAACACUGAACGAUGUCAGCGAAGUGGCCAAAGAAGAACUGUUGGUGGUGGCCAAUGGUACAGAUCUCGAAGUGAUUCAAGACGUGGGAGACACAGCUUCGGCGAUAAUAACCCCCGAUUCAGCUUCGGCAAAUGUUCUCUCGAUGCUUAGUCCGCAGGAGAGCAUUUGUGUUACACCGGCUUCAUUGGAUUCCGAAUUAAGUGUGGACUCAAAUCAAACUGGAAAUUCCUUCAAUUCGUCGACAAGCACAACCAAGGCGGCAUCGUCUGUAAGCUCGCCAGUGGACUCAUUUGACAUUUUAAAGGAUGCCAACUUUUACCCUCUCUUCUAAGGCUGUUGUUUUUAUAAUGCAAUACACUUUCAUGAAAAGAAACCAAAACAAAAAAAUCAAAAAACAAUGUAGAAAAUCCCGUAGCAAAUGCACGUUCUAUGCACCCAGUCCGUCCCAUCAUCCUGCUUGUCUGCCUGCGCCCCCAAGCGCCAGCCAAGCAUUUGAGACAGAAAUCGUAACGCUAAAAGUCCAACCUUGCCAAACAUUCAUCGUCGCCGUCGCCACCACUACCACCACUUUCGAUUACACCAACCAACCAAACAACCGACAGACAGACAACCAACCAACCGAAACCCACGACCAGAAAAAAGACACCUCUCAAGAAAGCAGAUGCAUACCAUUCAAGGCUAGAGCCUUGAGAGUGCCAUGUUCAGUGCCGACUGAGAGAAAUUUUGUAAAAUAUUAAAACAAAAAAAAAAACAUAAAAAUGAAUUGUAAAAAAAAGAAACUGGUGUCGAAAAUUCAUUAGUGACACAGACUUGUAUACACAUUUUACUUUAGUUUAUAGAAGUCAUUUAAAUUUUUUUCUUAACUAUAUAAUUUAUUAAAUAAUAAUAUUAAUAAAGGAGAACCAUUAAAAUAAAGAUAAA